GUCGUCUACAAAGCAGGCAGCAGGACGAUGAGGGAAGAUAUUAUACUCUUCAUUAUCAUUAAGGCACGAGAUGCAGUGGAAAUGAUAAUUUUCAUUGCUUCAGGUGGUUCUUCAGCUUGAUUUCUGACUUGUUCUACCGCUAAUUCAUUCGUAGCUGCUGGCAUCACUUCUGGUCUUAAGACCAGUAAGACUUCCCACUCCACUCUUUGAGAAGCAACUUGAACUUCAUAACGGAUAUGUGUAAGUACAGAAGAAAAAUGUUUAAUUUUAUAGUACUACGUUGCUCGUCUAAGUUCCAAUCGGCUCUGGUAUCGACAUCGUGUGUGGCGAGGAUAAAGACCUAUCGUUUGACGUAUUAGCGCUGAUGAACGCUCGCAGGCUUUCUUCUCCUAGUGAGGACCGUGAUAAGUGCUACUUCUGUAAGGGUACUAGAGGACGGCCUUCUGGGAACGACAACGAUGACAGAUGUUGUAAGAUUGAGGAAGAUGCUGGUGCUGCAUCGG